CCCGGAGAUGCCGCUGCCGCGCGUAUAAAACCCUUCCUCGCCGUCGACCGCGUGGGGCCUUCGGAGCUCGUCGCGUCGGAUGGACGCCGCCUCCUGCUGCCGCGUCUUCUCGACGCAGAGAUGUCGCUUCCCGCUGAGGAGGCUGGCGGGGCCGCCGCUGACGCGGCGGCCGUUCUGCGCUGAGUCGACGAGCGAGCCGUUCGCGGGGUCGUCGGCCUCGAAGAGGCGGUCCAGGGGGCCCGUCAUGGCGGCGAAGAAGGCCGCGCAGGGUGCGAAACAAGAAGAGGGGAAAUACAAGCACACGGUGGAUCUACCAAAGACAAGUUUCAGCUUGAGAGCUAAUUCUAUUAUGCGGGAGCCAGAGCUCCAGAAGUUGUGGGAGGAGAACCAGGUGCUCAAGAGGGUAUCUGAAAGGAACACUGGGGCUACAUUUGUUCUCCAUGAUGGUCCUCCUUAUGCUAAUGGCGAUCUUCAUAUGGGCCACGCACUGAAUAAAAUCCUUAAAGACAUUAUAAACCGUUACAAGCUGCUUCAGAAUCACAAAGUUUCUUUUAUUCCUGGGUGGGAUUGCCAUGGCCUUCCAAUAGAAUUAAAAGUUCUGAAGUCUAUGGACAAGGAAACAUUGAAUGCUCUGACACCUAUCAAAUUAAGGCAAAAGGCUGCAAAAUUUGCCAAAGCGACGGUUACUACCCAAAUGAAUUCUUUCAAGCGGUUUGGUGUAUGGGCAGAUUGGGACAACCCUUACCUAACUCUGUCACCAGAGUAUGAAGCUGCUCAGCUAGAAGUUUUUGGUCAAAUGAUUAUGAAAGGAUAUAUCUAUCGGGGACGAAAGCCUGUCCAUUGGAGUCCGUCAUCACGUACUGCUUUAGCAGAAGCUGAGUUGGAGUAUUCGGAAAAUCAUAUUUCCAAAAGCAUAUAUGCAGCAUUCAAGAUCACCAAUCUGUCUAAGCCUGGGUUGUUGGAGGAAUUUCUCCCUAAUUUGUGCCUAGCCAUAUGGACCACUACUCCAUGGACGAUUCCUGCUAAUGCUGCUGUUGCUGUGAACCCUGAGCUUACUUAUGCAGUAGUUGAGCUGCAAUCUGUACUAGAAAGUGAGUCAACAUCUGGUGGAAAUCAACGAAAGCAUGGGAAUAUUUUGAGCCCUGGGAGUGAGAAACCAUUUAUCAUUGUGGCUGCUGAUCUUGUGUCUGCUCUUGAGUCCAAGUGGGGUACGAAGCUUGUAAUCCAGAAAUCAUUUCCUGGGUCAGCAUUGGAGCACUGCAGGUAUAUUCAUCCUGUGAAUGGCAAUGAAUGUUCUGUUGUUCUUGGAGGAGAUUACAUAACAACUGAGUCUGGCACUGGCCUUGUUCAUACUGCCCCUGGCCAUGGUCAGGAAGACUACCUAACGGGUUUGAAAUAUGGGCUUCCUAUUGUGUCUCCUGUGGAUGAUGAAGGAAACUUCACUGCUGAAGCUGGACAAUUCAGCGGUUUAUCUGUUCUGGGAGCUGGUAAUGCUGCUGUUGUGAAGUAUCUGGAUGAACAGUGUUCGCUCAUCUUAGAAGAGCCUUACAAACACAAGUACCCCUAUGACUGGAGGUCUAAAGAACCAACAAUAUUCCGAGCAACUGAACAGUGGUUUGCCUCGGUGGAUGGUUUCCGUAAUGCUGCAAUGGAUGCAAUAAGGCGAGUAUCUUGGAUUCCUUCUCAGGCUGAAAACAGGAUUGUGGCCAUGACUUCAAGCCGUUCUGACUGGUGUAUUUCACGGCAGAGAACUUGGGGGGUUCCUAUUCCUGUUUUCUAUCAUGUUGACUCUCAGGAGCCUCUUAUAACUGAAGAAACUAUUGAACACAUCAAGGGCAUAGUGUCAAAGAAAGGCAGUGAUGCCUGGUGGUAUAUGACCAUCGAGGAACUUCUUCCUGAAAAAUAUCGUGAUAAAGCAUCUGAGUAUCGUAAGGGAACUGAUACAAUGGAUGUUUGGUUUGACUCAGGUUCUUCAUGGGCUGCUGUUUUGGCAAAAAGAGAUGGCCUCAAUUUUCCAGCAGACAUAUACCUUGAAGGUUCAGACCAACACCGUGGAUGGUUUCAGAGCUCAUUGUUAACCAGCAUUGCUACUACAGGAAAGGCUCCAUAUUCUAGUGUUAUAACCCAUGGUUUUGUACUGGAUGAAAAGGGUUUCAAAAUGAGCAAAUCUCUUGGUAAUGUGGUGGAUCCUGAGAAAGUGAUUGUUGGUGGGAAAAAUUCGAGGCAAGAACCUGGUUAUGGAGCAGAUGUUCUUCGGUUAUGGGUUUCUAGUGUUGAUUAUACUGGAGAUGUGUUGGUUGGUCCUCAAAUUUUGCGCCAGAUGUCUGACAUGUACCGAAAGCUACGAGGCACAAUGCGAUUCCUGUUGUCAAAUCUCCAUGAUUGGAAACCAAAAAAUUCUGUCCCCUACAGUGAUCUACCAAAAAUUGACAAGUAUGCGCUUUUCCAACUGGAAAAUGUUGUGACUUCCAUGAAGGAUAGCUACGAGAACUACCAAUUCUACAAAAUAUACCAGAUCCUUCAAAGAUUUGCUAUUGUUGAUCUCUCCAAUUUCUAUUUUGACGUUGCAAAGGAUCGACUCUAUGUUGGUGGCCGAGUUAGCUUUACAAGGAAAAGUUGUCAGACAGUCCUCAGUGCGCAUCUGCUCUAUCUUGUUAGAGCAAUCGCCCCCAUUAUGCCACAUCUAGCUGAGGAUGUAUGGCAGAACCUACCCUUUCAACACACAUUAGAUGAUGGAUCUGUUGCCGAGUUUGUUUUUAAUCUAAAAUGGCCAGUUAAGAAUGAAGAAUGGCUCUCGGUUUCAAAGGAUGAUGUUGAUUUUCUGAGUGUUAUCCUCGAGUUGAGAUCGGAGGUGAACAAAAUUUUGGAGAGUGCUCGAACAGGAAAGCUGAUAGGCUCUAGCUUAGACGCAAAGGUCUAUCUCCAUGCGGAAAAUGGUAACACAGUGUCCAAACUAAAGGAUCUAGCUUCUGCAACCAAUGAUGCGGAUGCUCUGCACCGCCUGUUUAUCACAUCUCAGGUGGAGAUCCUUCCGUCCGUAAGCGACGAAACCACAUCUGGUGUGACGUACACUGGAACUUUUAGCAGUGAGCGCACCGGCAACAUCUGGAUCGGUGUGACUCGUGCUGAUGGUGAAAAGUGUGAGCGGUGUUGGAACUACACCCGGGACGUUGGAUCUUUCGUUGAUCAUCCUACUCUAUGCGCCCGGUGCCACGGUGUCAUUGAUCUGCCACCAGUUCCUGCUGCUGCAGCUGUCAGCUGAGGCUGCUCAAGAGUCACAAGGACCCUGAUCGAACUAUCAGCUUCAUUUGAAGAUUAUUGGUGGAGUUGAUUGAUUUUGUUCUACUUUUUUUUUCUUUGCUUUGUCCGAUUAUAUACUAUAGGAAGGGGGCAACUUGAAGGGGUUCUGAAACUUAGUUUCUAACUUCAAUUUUUGCAUGUACGACUACAAUCAAGUCGUACCUUGAUUCUGAAGUUUUGAUUGAAUGCUUUCUGGAGCUGUUAGUCUGUUACUGUAUGGCAGAACUCACACAGAUUAUAGUUGAAAACAGUUUUGCA